AUGACCUUGGAAAUCGGAGAUUCUGAGACCAUGGCUGAUCGCCUCGUCGGAAAGAAGCUGUAUGAAACACAGGUCAGUAACCUCUCUUCAACAAAAUACCAACAGCCCAUCAAAGCAUAUCCCACAUCCGAACGGAACGAACGGAAGAGUGCCUUGGAGAUGCAUACCAUCAGCUUCUUCCCAGGCUCGACCAGCGCCGAAGCCCAAUCCUACCCAUGCAGGCCAUGCUCGUCGCUUGAACAGCAGAAUCGAAAAUAUAACACCAAACCCAAGACCAACGGAGGAUCGAAUAAGGAGGGAGGAGAUUGCGCGGUCCCACUAAAAAGUCCAAUUCAACGUAUCGGUCAGCCAUAUCCUUCUUCCACGAUCCAAAAUCUAUGGUUCUUCUUCCUUUCUUGCCAUGUUGGACUAUGGAUCUUCCCAGGGCCCGAAGAGCGUACCUUUUCGUUAAGUAGAGUCUCGCUGACAGGUUUGCUGGCACGAGGCACAGGCACAGACUGGGUAGAUUCGGCGGAAUCAGCCAUCUUGACAAAAACCUAUGGAAGUUUUGUGAGCAAAUAG